GGCGGGGGUGGACCCCCGGGCGGCCCUACUCCACUCGCUCGCCGGUAGCUCUCGGCACGCGUCGGGCGCAGCCCCUGGCGGUCCCUGCGCGGGAAGUGUCUGCUGCCAGCGCCCUGUUUUUGGGAAGCACCGACCUGCCGGGUCCUGCCUCAGCUGAGAGAUGGCCUCCCCAGGGGCUGAAACAAAGAAACCUGGAAAUCACAACGACUUUGUACAGCUUUGCAAUCCCCACGUGGCUGCAAUGAAAGAAGACGUACUCUACCAUUUCAGCCUUAGCACCGGCACGCAUGACUUCCCGACUAUGUUUGGAGACGUGAAGUUUGUGUGUGUUGGGGGAAGCCCUUCCCGGAUGAAAGCCUUCAGCAAGUACGUGGCCGUGGAGCUGGGCCUUGACCACCCAGGUGCAGACUAUCCCAACAUCUGUGAGGGCACCGACCGCUACGCCAUGUUUAAAGUGGGCCCGGUGCUGUUGGUCAGCCACGGGAUGGGCAUCCCCUCCAUUGCCAUCAUGCUGCACGAGCUCAUCAAGCUGCUGUACCACGCCCGGUGCUCUGGCGUCACCCUCAUCCGCAUCGGCACCUCUGGUGGGAUAGGUCUGGAGCCCGGCUCCGUGGUCAUCACCCGGCAGGCGGUGGACGCCUGCUUCAAGCAGGAGUUAGAGCAAAUUGUCCUUGGGAAGCGGGUGGUCCGGAACACGCAUCUGGACGAGCGGCUGGUGCAGGAGCUGGCGCGGUGCUCCGCGGACCUGGGCGAGUUCCCCACGGUCGUGGGCAACACCAUGUGCACUCUGGACUUCUACGAAGGGCAAGGCCGCCUGGACGGGGCGCUCUGCUCCUACUCGGAGAAGGACAAGCAGGAGUACCUGUGGGCGGCCUACGAGGCUGGUAUCCGCAACAUCGAGAUGGAGUCGACCGUCUUCGCCGCCAUAUGCAAUGCCUGCAGCCUCCGAGCGGCCGUGGUGUGCGUCACGCUCCUCAACCGCCUGGAAGGUGACCAGAUCAGCAGCCCCCAUGAGGUGCUGGCCGAGUACCAGCAGCGGCCCCAGCGGCUGGUGGCCCACUUCAUCAAGAAGUGCCUCGCGGCAGCCUGAGGUUCCCAAGUCUCCAGACAUGAGCGUUGGUGUUUGCAGCAAAUAAAAUCAUUGCCACAAUCUC